AUGGUCAAUCGAUUUGGAAAUUUUCUAGUUCAGCGUUGUUUCGAGCAUGGCACUCCAGAGCAGGUCAUUAAGAUUGCCGAAGCCAUACGUGGCAACACUCUUAGUCUCUCCAUGGACCCAUUUGGCUGCCAUGUUGUACAAAAGGCCUUUGACUCGGUACCUGAGAACUACAAAGCAAUCAUGGUUCAUGAGUUGCUUCGAAGAAUUCCCGAAACCGUCAUUCAUCGUUAUGCCUGCCAUGUCUGGCAGAAGCUGUUUGAGCUACGUUGGACUGAAUCUCCUCCACAGAUUAUGACCUAUGUCAACGAGGCUCUUCGUGGCAUGUGGCACGAGGUUGCAUUGGGUGAGACUGGAAGCUUGGUGGUCCAGAAUAUAUUUGAAAACUGCCUAGAAGAAGACAAGCGCCCGUGCAUUGAAGAGGUCCUGGCGAACAUCGACAUCGUUGCCCACGGUCAAUUUGGAAACUGGUGCAUUCAGCACGUGUGCGAGCACGGUGCCCCUCCUGACCGAAGCCGAGCAAUUGACCAUGUUAUCCGCUACGCAUCAGAGUAUUCGACCGACCAAUUUGCAUCAAAGGUUGUAGAAAAGUGCCUCAAGAUUGGAGGCACGGAUUUCCUCGGCCGCUAUCUGGACCGUCGAUCAAUACGGCAACUACCUAAUUCAAUGGAUUUUGAAUAA